GCCAGACAAACAGGGAUGGCGCUGGACUUAUUUUGUGGCUUAGAGGAUCUGCUGGCUUCUGGAAGUCAGUUAGUGUGGACUGUGGCUGAACAGGUGCUGAGGAGAUGCUACAGUGAUGGGCUUGUGCCCUGUAGGAGGUUCCUGCAGACAUGGUGUCAUCUGGGAGAUGUCUACCAGAUGACGGAGGGCCGGCUGUGUCAGGUGCUUCUGCUAGAUGACAGGCAGCUGGAACUGCUGGUCCAGCCAAAACUGUUGUCCCGGGAUCUUCUGGAUCUGGUUUCAUCGCAUUUUAACCUGAAAGAGAAAGAAUAUUUUGGAAUCUCCUUCACGGAUGAGAAGGGUCAAAAAAACUGGCUUCAACUGGAUCGCAGGGUGCUGGACCAUGACUUUUCCAAAAAGACUGGACCACUUGAGCUCAAAUUCCAAGUCAGGUUUUACAUCGAGAGUGUUGCAUAUUUGAAAGACGCUACCACCGUUGAACUGUUUUUCCGGAAUGCUAAGAUAUCUGUCUACAAUGAAAAUAUUGAAGUGGAGAGUGAGAUCGUUUUUAAGUUAGCCGCGUACACUGUUCAGGAGGCAUACGGAGACUACACAAGUGAUGAAAGCACAAGAUCAGACUUAAAAAAGCUUCCAGCUUUCCCCACUGCGGUAUUGAAGGAGCACCCAUCAUUAGCAUUCUGUGAAGAUAAAGUAAUCGAGCAUUAUAAGAAGCUGAAAGGCCUCAGUCGUGGACAGGCUAUCGUGCGGUAUCUGACCUUAGUUGAGUCUUUGCCUGCAUAUGGAGUUCAUUACUACAAAGUGAAGGACAAACAGGGUAUACCGUGGUGGCUGGGGGUUAGCUACAAAGGCAUUGGCCAGUACGACCUGCAAGACAAGCUCAAGCCUCGAAAGCUCUUUCUGUGGAAACAGCUUGAAAACCUGUAUUUCCGAGAGAAGAAGUUUGCUGUAGAGGUUAACGAGCCUCAGAGAAGAACAGCUUCUAGGCGCACAUUUGGUCAGUCUGGUCAGGUCAUCUACACGUGGUAUGCCAGCCAUUCUCUGAUCAAAACCAUCUGGGUGAUGGCCAUCAGUCAACACCAGUUCUACCUGGACCGCAAACAGAGCAAAGCUAAAAUAACUGCUGCAAGAAGUUUGGGUGAUAUUGCCAUGGAUCUCACAGAGACUGGAGCUCCGAGGAACAGUAAGCUGGUCAGCAUGGAGAGUAAAGACAAGCUCAUCAUGACCAGCAAUGGAAGUUUGGUCUCUUCCAAUUCUGCAGACAAUGAAGUGAAUGAGGAACAGAAGAAAGAGAAGAUUGCAGAACUGAAGAACAAACAGAAGAGCAUAAAAGAAAUUCUGGCACUCAAGGAAGAAGAGCUGAAGAAAAUUUGCCUCCGGGAAGCUGAGUUGACCGGUGUGUUACCUAAGGAGUUUCCUUUGGCACCAGGAGAGAAGCCCCCCACUGUUCGAAGGCGCGUGGGAACUGCUUUCAAAUUAGAUGACAUUUUCCCUUAUGAUGCGGACCCUCAUUUAAGAAACCUGGAGAGCUGCUUUGCGCUCCAGAAAAAGAUUGUGGAGGCAGCGAAAAAACUUGCCUAUGAAAAUGAGCUCUGUAAAACCGUGAAGAAGAAACGCAGGAGAAACCUUCUGGAUGCUACCAAAAAACUCCAGGGGAUCGAAAAUCAGAUUAAUGAUUACAGAGUGAAGAUUGGCAAGGAACCCACACAAAGAGCUUCUGUCAUCAUUGCUGAUGAUGUGAACCUUGACAGCCUUUCUGACUGCCUGAAUUUGGAAGAUGACGAGCCAUCACAGAGACAUCGUUCACGUUCAGUGCAGUAUUCUCCACGUCCCAACUCGUCAAACUCCUUCGCUGCAUCAUACCAUUCAGAUCACAUUGAUCACGCCAAUGCCAACUACCAGGACUGCGGCAGAUUAAAUUAUGGCGAAGUCCAAGAUCCUGUAGCUUAUAUACACGGAGAUGCCUUAUCGACACCCAGCAGCCCUUACCGUCAACCCUCACGCCAACCUUCUGACUCGCGGAGCAUGCCCCCUACCCCUCAACUUCCCCGCAACGCCUACAGCAGCAUCCAGCUCAGCACUCAUUUUCGGCAGCGCAGCGGUAGUCUGGAAUCUCAGUCACAGUUCCUUACUGAGAGUGAGCCACCCGAGCCCGUCUUCACAAUCUCUCCUCCUCGCCAUAGCAAUAGCACUGAGAUACUUGAUGAUGGCUCCUCCUACACCAGCCAAUCCAGCGUGGAGUACUCUGUACCCGGCUGCCAUUCACGUGCUAAAAACCGCCAUCGGCGAAGGCAGGGCAACAUAUACGCCAACACAGGCAGCAUGCCCAACCUUGCACAGAAUGACACACGGGGUUAUACACCCCAACCUCGGCAACAACCAACCACCACAGCCUAUUACGUUACUGGAUAUCCACGGUACAUCGAACCUGAGGUGUACCCAAAUGGACCAUACAUGUAUGAGACUGAAAUGGAGGGACACUAUAAUGUUAACCCGUCCUACUACAGACACGCCCCUCAUGGGAACUAUGGCCAGGAUGAGAUAGAUGGUUUGGCUCAUAACAUUUAUGCCACAUUAAGGCCAUCAAGGAACCGUCCUCCAUCCAGGAAUGAGAAUUCUGUCAAAAACAUGCAAAGGGCUGAAGUGGUGGAACACUUGCAUGGUUGGUACAACCGACAGCACAGACAGCAAGGGUAUGAUACCUAUAGGCGGCCGCAGCAGAACCUGGGCUACAGGACCAUGUCAUCAAGUUAUGUACGCAGUGACAGUACAACUUCCUACUCAACAGUCGGUUCGGAAAACUGGCACGGUCGACCAGUCAUGGCAAUGUCAGAGUAUGAUAUGCCUCCCACACACCAUCAGUCCUACGGCUACAACACUGUCCAUUACAGCCAGCCGUUACACAGCAGCUCGCACUCUAAACGUGCUUGGCACUACCCCACCAGCCCUCAGUACUAUCCUCCACAUUUCUCCCAAGCUUGCUCUUCCUCCCUCCCUCCUCCUCCUCUUCCUUCUUCCUACUCUUGCUAUCAGAUGAAGCAGAUGAGUUUGUCCCCGCCUCAAACUGGUGGUGCAAGACAUGCAAGGGUUAAUAAAGCUUCAUUUGCUAAGUGUAGCCCUUGAUAGUAAGUAAAGCGCCAGCCGUGUGGUGUUGCUGUGUCUGUACUCAGCGUGAUUUGUUGUUUAGUCAGCAUCUCAGGAUGUCUGGCUUGUUGUGUGUUGUAAAAGUACAACUGCAUGGCUUCCUUUUAAAUGUGCUUGUGUUUCUCCAAGCAACCAUUAAAGGAGUAGUUCACACUUGUGUCCUCACCCUCAUGUCGUUCCAAACCCGUAUGAGUUUCUUUUUUCUGUAAAAGUGCAAAUAUAUAGAUUAUGUCGAGUGUCCAUAUGUAUCCAUACAACUUUUGCAUUUUUAUUCCAUGUCUUUUGAAGCCAAUGUAUUCCUCACAAGCUUCAACAUUAAGUUUUUUUUCUGCUGGCCUAUUCGGGUGACCAACACA